UAGUACGGUACGGUACGGGCAGGAAUAGGAGCAAUUCUUGCACCGAUCGGUUAUCAUCGGUCAUUACCGUUUCACCGUUGCGGAAGAAGAAAGAUGGAACUCGCCGGCAAAACAAUUUUUGCAUUCUGCAUGGUACUGAUGCCAUUUAUGGUAUUUGGUGAUUCUUGUGUGGACCCUAAAGUGAAGUCAAAAGUGUAUACAACAACAGAAGCUACCUCAUCAAUGGAUACAGUUUUCAUAGUACAGUUUUCAGUAACAUGCAAGAAUGGUCUUGAGGAUCUAACUUUGUUUGCUGACAUCAGCGGAAAGACUCUAGCUGUGACCAGAAAUGACGAGAACACAGACUUCAAGUAUCAGGUGAGCUUUAGUGAUGAAAACAAAAAUUUACCCUCUGGAAAGUACGAUUUGAAAUUUUACGAUGAAGAUGGAUACUCAAGUUUGAGAAAGGCUCAGCGCAGCGGAGAAAAUGUGGCAUCAGUUAAGUCAUUGUUCACCAUUCCAGUAAACCAUCCUGGUGUAUGGAAGGGACAGAUGGUACCUAGCGAAUUUGUAGCGUUAGCAGUAUCAGCAGCAGUGUUUUAUUUUGCAUACAGUACCAGAGCAAAGCUUCAAUCCUCGUGAAAAUAUCAACAGCGAUAAAAUUAUUUUUUUAUAUUUAAUUGAUUGAUAAAAAUGUGGUUUUUUUUAAACUUAGGCUUCAGUUAUCUCAGAUGAGAAACAAAAUAUUCCAAAGAGCUAAUUUGCAAAGAACUGAAGUUGAUGAAACUGGACUAAAAAAACCGACUCCUCAAUUUGAAAGAAGUAUUACAAGACUCUUCACUUCAUCCAACAUUUUGUAUUUAAUAGUCAUUAGAUUUUUAUACAUUUAUGCAUUGUAUUUAAAACCUUCAUGUACAUGUAUACAUAUUGUUAUUUCUGUAAUACGAGUCCACCCAAUGUUUCUUUUUGAGUGAAUUUGAGAGAGAAAAAACGCCUGGAAUGUUGAGUAAAUGUAAAUGUUUUUAGGAAUAAAUGUUUUGUAGAAACGAAA